GGCCGGGCGCCCAACGGGGCGUGUUCAGCUGGAGUAGCGACCAUAGAGACGGGCGCGCGCGCUCCUGAGGCAGAAGCGCGCCUCCGAACGGCGACCACGGAGCGCGGACACUCUGCCUUUCCUUCUCUAUGGCCAGACCUCCGGCCGCGCUCCUCCUGGCGCGGGGCGCCUCCCGAAGCUCCCCACUCAGCCCACGGCGGGGUCGGCAGCGGCGGCUGCGGAACUGAAGUGCCGGGGUCUGCGCCGCACACCGAGGGGAAGAGUUAGCCGGGGACGCCGAGGCCCCGGAGGGGAACCCUUGGGCCGGAGCGCCGGAAGCACGGUCUCCGGAAGUCCCCGGCUUGGGUUGGCGCGGUCUGUAGGAGGCAGCGGCCAGCAGGAAGCCCCGGCCCCAGCAUGUCCCAGGCCACCAAGCGGAAGCACGUGGUGCAGGAGGUGCUCGGGGAGCACAUGGUGCCCUCGGACCAGCAGCAGAUCGUGAGGGUUUUGGGGACCCCCGGCAACAACCUGCACGAGGUGGAGACUGCGCAGGGGCAGCGCUUCCUGGUCAGCAUGCCCUCCAAGUACCGAAAGAACAUCUGGAUCAAGAGAGGGGACUUUCUCAUCGUGGACCCCAUCGAGGAAGGGGAGAAGGUGAAGGCCGAGAUCUCCUUUGUGCUCUGCAAGGACCACGUCCGCUCCCUGCAGAAGGAGGGACUCUGGCCAGAAGCCUUCUCUGAGGUAGCGGAGAAACAAAGCAACAGCAGGAACAGACCACCUCAGCCAGAACUCCCGGGAGAAGUGCAGUCUUCAGAAGAGGACAGUUCCGAGGACGACUCGGACCUCUUUGUCAACACCAAUCGUGUGCAGUACCAGGAGAGCGAGGAGGAGAGUGAGGAGGCCUGAGGACCCAGCUCUGUGGAUCCACCCCCCUGGAUGGGGAUGAGGCCAGGGCCCCCCAUCUGAACUCUUCUCUGUCAGAUUAAACCCCUGGUGGGUUGAGAGACAGCCAUUUGUUCCCCUUGUACCGAUGUGCCUAGUAAAGCGAUUCCGGUUUUUGACAUCUCGCUCCGGUGAAAAGAGGAGGAAAGGAGGGACCCAGGAAUGGCUGGGUGCAAGGCUGGCCUAAGCCUUGACCAGCCCCUAGGGCGUUUCUGGAUGGGCCCCAACAAAGGGCAACACCUAUUUCCACCCACCCAGGCGAAAAUGGAUUCAUAACUUAAACAAGGGAGGAAAAAAUAAGGAGGGAAUUUUAUUUAAUAUUAAAGGACUGGGGACAUGG